AGGAGGGGGUGCCCGGGUCUGCGCAUCCCGCCCGGGGGCCGGGAAGGGGCGGAGCCGGGCGGUGCCCGCCCCCAGCCGUCCCCUUUUUCUCGGCCUCUCCCCAGUGCAGCGCGGGCCGGGGUCACAGCCGCCUGUGCGAAGCUGGGAGCUGUGAGCUGAGUGGUAUUGCGGGCUGAGCCGACCGGGCUGCGCUCUCGGACACCAGCCGCCCCUGACAGUCAUAUCCCCUGUCCUGUUGUGCUGGGCAGCCAUGACGACGGCCAUCCUGGAGCACCUGAGCACCCUGUCUGUCAGUGGGCAGCAGCUGCGCCGCCUGCCCAAGAUUCUGGAGAACGGGCUUCCCAAGAUGCCUUGCACUGUCCCAGAGACAGAUGUGCCCCAGCUUUUCCGGGAGCCUUACAUCCGCACCGGCUACCGCCCCACAGGACACAAGUGGCGCUACUACUUCUUCAGCCUCUUUCAGAAACACAAUGAGGUGGUCAAUGUCUGGACCCACUUGUUGGCGGCUCUGGCUGUCCUCCUGCGAUUCUGGGCCUUUGCCGAGGCCGAGGCCUUGCCGUGGACCUCGGCCAGCACCCUGCCCCUGCUCCUCUAUGUCCUGUCCUCCAUCACUUACCUCAUGUUCAGCGUUCUGGCCCACCUGCUGCAGUCCAAGUCCGAGCUCUCCCACUACACUUUCUACUUUGUGGACUACAUUGGCGUGAGCAUUUACCAGUAUGGCAGUGCCUUGGUUCACUUCUUCUACACCUCUGACCAGGCCUGGUACGAGCACUUCUGGCUUUUUUUCUUGCCAGCAGCUGCCUUCUGUGGCUGGUUGUCUUGCGCUGGCUGUUGUUACGCCAAGUAUCGUUACCAGAGGCCUUACCCAGUCAUGAAGAAGAUAUGUCAAGUGGUGCCCUCAGGGCUGGCCUUCAUCCUAGACAUCAGCCCCGUGGCGCACCGAGUGGCCCUGUGCCACCUGGCUGGCUGCCAGGAGCAGGCCGCCUGGUACCACACCCUCCAGAUCCUCUUCUUCCUGGUCAGCGCCUACUUCUUCUCUUGCCCAGUUCCCGAGAAGUACUUCCCAGGCUCCUGUGACAUUGUGGGCCACGGGCAUCAGCUCUUCCACGUGUUUCUGUCUAUCUGCACGCUCUCCCAGCUAGAGGCCAUCCUCCUGGACUACCAGGGGCGGCAGGAGAUCUUCCUGCAGCGCCACAGUCCCCUGUCCGUCUACAUGGCCUGUCUGUCUUUCUUCCUCUUGACCGCCUGCAGCGCCACCACUGCAGCCCUCCUGAGGCACAAAGUCAAGGCCAGACUGAUGAAGAAAGAGUCCUGAGGCUGGCAGGUGGGGCGAAGUUGGAUGCACCUCAUGGUGAUUUGGGGAAAAUGCGAUACGAAACAGGAGUUGACUUUUUAUUUUUAAGAGGUGGCUUUUACAUUGAAACGUAUUUCCAAGGCUACGGCCUUGGGAAGCCAAAGGACUCAAGAGUUAGGUUGUUAUAGUUGUUCAUAAAAGGAGUGUUCCUUUUUCGUCUAGGUCACAGCCUUUCAGACACAGGAAAGGAAGGGACCAUGGCUAAGAUUCAUAUGACGCUGAAUUACGGAUCAUCUCCCUACCUGAAAAUUCAGUAGAAUUCUGAGUGUGGCCUCCAGGGACAAGUCCUGGAGCUGAAGAGAUGAUAACCUUGGGCCGAAAGACAAGUAGGGGGCCAGUCCACACCAUGUUGGAAUCGCCAUCCUACUCUGCUGGUCUUCGAUGAUUGAAUAAAUUGACCCAAGGACCCAGUUUCCUUUGGAUUUCAGCUGUUCAGGGUGGAGAAUUCAGAAUCUUCAAGAUUCAGUGAAACCCUUAGACAUGAAUUAUUCAUUUCAUACUAUUUCUGGCCCUUCCUCUGUCACCCACUCUAACCCUGACCCUUUUCUCAGGAUGACAUCUUUCUGGCUAUUUUCUCUAAAGUGCUGUUCACUCCGAUCCAUACCUUGGUAAUAUACAGGACGGUGAAGUAGUCAUACUCUCAGUAGUUGCUUGGAUUCGUGUGGAAAUCCAGGAAGCUUAUUCUCAUAUAAUACUAAUGCAAACAGUACUAGAAAGUACAGUGCCAAGAGCCCCCAGGAAGUGCAGCCAGCAAGCAUGGAGACUGUUGGAGAUCAGGGGACCCUUCUGUUCUAUAUCUGUGGACUGGAGCAUCACUUGAGAUCUCUUAGGGCUGCCUCACAGGCCAGAAGACCUGGGGCUUGCUCCAGGGGAUCAUCUCCAGAUUUUGACCAGCGUAUUCCAAGAGCCCCUGGUAGAGUGCAUCAGUUCUAAGUGUCCCCUUAGGGAUCUCAUCAUUUCCAGAGGAAGCCAAGUUCCAGCCUUUUAAAUAUAUGCCAUCCCACAAAGGACCCACAUAACUGCCCUAGUUCAGGGUCCUCAGGCAGACACUUAUGCCUCAGCUUAGAGCUGAACCCUUAAAAUAAUCAAGCCCCAGGACAGGUGAGCAUGUGUCUCACUGUGGGUUGGUCCAUAAAGGCUCCUUUUGGGUAAGAAUGGUGAACGGCACACCCUGUAGCUAGAAUGUUCUGUGGAGGGCAUCACUGCCCAGCAGCUGCUAUGGGAUAGGUGGUACUCGCCACUGUGUUCUGGCCACACAGCCUUUCUGAGGACUGACUUCACACUAAUCCAGUGAAAGGGGCUGUGCUGACAGAGGAGCUGAGCCAUGGCAGCCUUCUCAGAGGCUACAAUUCCUAUCAGUGGUAUAAGGUUCCUAUUUACUAAAAAGAGAAGUGGUUUGUUUUCACUCCAGUUUGAUGAACAUCUUCUAACUACUAGAUUAUUCCAUUGUCUUCAAAUCUUAGUUUUCUUUCUUUCUCUGAGAGAUUUGUGGGUUUUGUGCCUUAUAAAUGGAAAUUUAUGAACACUACUAUAUAUAUGGAAUUUGCAGUUUUGGGUUAUUGGGAUAAGAAAGGAAGAAUUCAUUGCUUUUCAACCAGUGGAUGAAAGAAUACCUUAUCAAUCAAAAGACUCUUUGAACCUGCUUAUUUUGGCAAAAAAAAAGGAGAGAAAAAUUCAACUGAAGCUUUCUUAUAACCUUUCUAUCAAGAAAAUGUAUAUCUUGUCAGCUAUGUAGUUUUCCUAGAUGUUUUCAUAGGUUUCCCUUUUAAUCUUCAAAUACGUGAACGUCUGUGCUACCCAAGUGUCUUACACAGUCUUCCGGUGUCUAGGCCAAAUUCACCACAAAUGAAGUCCGCAAACUGAACAGGGUUGAACUAAACCAGGGGAUGGGGGAGGCGUGCAAACACAUUCCAAGUAGAGGGUCAGUUUAAAAUGGGGAAGAGAAAGUGAAAUGUCUAUGAGUAUGGAUUCAAAGACUAGGUUCUUUUAAAAGUUGGAAGGAAGCUGUAAGUCCAGCUCUUGAAUGGAACUGGUGGCAGAGAUCUUUAGGUCAAAUGCAGGUUUUACUUUUAAGAGAAAACAGUAGAGCAGUGAUCUUCAAAUGUAGACCUGCACACUGUAAAUGGUCUGUAACAAGACAGAUACAGAUAGUCUAAACUUUUAGAUAUUGCCAUAAAAUUUUCAGUUUAAUGCAAGUGUUGGUCUCUCAAGUGAUUGGAAAAUUUUUUUUAAUAUUUUCACCGAGAUAUUCAAGAAGCUUUGGGGUGGAGACUAGUAUCUCAUUAAAAAUACUAGUAUCUCAUUAGCAAUAUGUAAACAUGGGAAAUGCAGAUGUUUUUAACUACUCAGACUUUUGAGGGAUUAAAUACUCUUUUUAAAAACAUUUUCAUUAAAAUGAGUGUAUCGGUAUGGAACAGACCUAGGUUUUUUUAAAGGAAUAAUUAAGUAUUUGAUAAUGGAGAUAGUUAUCUUUCUCCACCAUACCCCCUCAAACAGUUGACAUCUACUGGAAAUUCUGCUCCUUAUCUCUCUUUUUUAACUAAUUUUUUAAUACUUUAAACCUAUUAAAAUGUAAAUGCCUCUGAAAAAAACUAAACAAUCAUCUUGUGAAUAAAAAUUCUGAUGGAUUUAUACCAGGGCCUUUCAGAGUAGGGUGAGGGGACAGUGAGGUGCCCCAGACUGGGCACAUGCUUGCCUGUUCCCCUCUUACCUAGGACUUCCUAACCUCUCCUGAAUUAACAAGCUGAUGUUGAUACCCUUCAGAUGGUAGGGUUUUGUUUCUCACCUCAGCCGAAAGUACCUCAUUCAAUAACAGCAUUCUCAAUCCUCUACUGAAAGCUUGAAGAAUAGCAGGAGCUCAGGCCACAUGAUGAAGAAUGAAGGAUGAAGGUCAUUCAUUCCUGCCUGUGUUGCCCACCUGUUCACAAAUUGUACCUUAAUGCUUAAAACCAUUAGGUUCUUCAGUUGCUGCACUGUAGUUUCAAGUAGGCCCUCCAGAUGGCGCACGUGUGUUUCUCAGAGGGCCCAGCUGUUGUCCUCAAGGUCUCAGCCUACUAAAUGUGUUCGACCUAGUGUUUUGCUUGAUUGCUUGGCAAGGAAAAUUUGGAACUAUUUUCUGUUUAUAUAAACCUACUUACAGAAAUGACCAUUAAACUGAUUUGUAUAUGGA